GCCCCCACGUGGCUGCAACGCCACAUGACACGUGGCCACUUCCUGUAAUGCUGAAGGGUGGGACAAGCGGAAGCAGCGGCUCCUGGGUGCCUGUACAUUUUUUACAGCUGAGCAGUUGGACUUAUAUGUUUCAUUCAACAUGCCGGCUUAUCACUCAAGCUUGAUGGUCCCUGAAACCAGGCUGGUGGGGAACAUGGCCCUGCUCCCCAUCAAAACACAGUUCAAAGGACCAGCAAGAGGAGAUGGUGGAGAUUCUGACAUCAUCGAUGAAGCAAUCUACUACUUCAAGGCCAAUGUUUUCUUUAAGAAUUAUGAAAUCAAGAACGAGGCUGACAGGACACUGAUCUAUGUUACACUCUACAUUUCUGAAUGCCUGAAAAAGCUACAGAAGUGCAGCUCCAGGAGCCAAGGAGAGAAGGAGAUGUACACUCUGGGCAUCACAAACUUUCCCAUUCCUGGAGAACCUGGCUUCCCUCUUAAUGCUAUGUAUGCCAAGCCCGCAAACAAGCAAGAGGACGAGACUAUGAGGUCGUACCUGCAGCAGCUUCGCCAGGAGACUGGUUUAAGGCUAUGUGAUCGUGUGUUUGACCCGCAAACAGACAAACCCAGCAAGUGGUGGCUGUGCUUUGUGAAGAAGCAGUUCAUGAACAAAAGUCUCUCUGCUCCUGGACAGUGAACAAAAAGGGACACAGAGGCUGGAAUAAAGCGAGUUUAAAUUUUCUGUUAAAGUUUUAUACUGUUUGACUUAAAAAAAAAAAAAAUUAUAUGUUCACUUGUCUGGAUGUUGAUCAUAUUGGGCUGGUGCUUAAUUCAAUAAAGAAAUCUCAGAGACUGGAGAGAUUGGCAA